CAUGCCUCCUCUCGGUACAACUUUCAUUCCACAUCUCUCACUCUCUCCCACCCACCACUAACACCAUGUCCAUCUCAGACCCCCCCUCAAGCAUGACGCCUCUGGCGCCGAGCGUGGAAAAGGCCUACUACCGCAAAUGCAUCCAGCUGAAGCGCCGGCUGAACGAGGUGGAAGCCGCGAACGACGAAGCGAAAAUCCGCCGGUCCCGACUGGAUCGCGGCGUGAUGAAGAUGAGACUCGAGCGCGCGUUUCUGCUCGAUGAGCUGCGCAAGCGCAUGGAGUAUAAUGUCGAUGCGAGCGAGGGCAGUGCUGAGGAGGGGAUGACUACACCCCCGCCCGACCGCCCACACCGCGACAAGCGAAGACGACCAGACACUGCGCCCACUGCCCCCUCAAACCUCGCCACAUCCCCCGACCCUCAACCCACCACUCAAGGCAGAAGAAUCCUCCCGCAAACCGACCCCGACGACCAUCGCCCACCCCCCGCCUACCCUCUCCCAGAAAGCGCACACCAGCCGCGGCCGACGAGCAGUCAGCGAAGCCGUCCGAGUCCCGGCAGUCCUGGCCGGCCACCGUCUGGUUUGCCGUCUACUACUGAUCGAAGGGCUAGCGCGAUGGAUUUGGAUGGUGUGGAUGAGCGUGAGCGCGAUGCGCCGUUUAGUCGGGAGGCGGGGGCGACGGGUGAGGCGCUGAGUACUGGGCCGGCGGUACGAGAGGAUGCCAAUGGGGAGAGGAGGCUUGUGUCGCCGAGCGUAGGCAGGGAGUCGAGUGGAGGGGCGGGGUUCACGACUGUGAAUGAUGCAUAGAGGGGUACGUUGAAUUAAGAGCAUGUGCAAUGACAAGGUCCGGAAGAGCAUGCGGAUGACACAAGAGGCACAAUUCAGCCAGGUCAUCGAGGCCAUGCUACGAACCAAUUCGGAGCAGAAUGUAGUACUAGAGACGAUGCAGUCACGUAGUCCCAACACACAACCUCAC